AUGCCUGCUGAGUCCCCUCCCCGAUUGAAUGCUGCUGCUCGCCACCGUCGUGCCACACGUAACGAGUCCGCUGAGCUAAAAACAGAUCUAGUCUCUGCUCGCGAAAUUGAGCUGAAACGGAGCAGAGGGGAGAUCUCGUGCGCGGAAUGCCGUAGCGCCUCAUUAUGGAAUGCUCAGAUCCGUUGUGACAAGUCCAUACCAUGCCAAUCAUGCCAGCGGAGGGGCUGUGCUUCGCUCUGCCCGAAUGGUGUUCUCGCCACAGGACAGGGGACCCGAUUCGUGUUGGCCGCCACAGAGCAUCUACAUCGUCGAAUAGCGAAGAUGAGUGAGCGGGUACGGCAAGUGGAAGAUGCUCUCGCCAUUCUGCAAGCGAAGUGCUCAAACCAGCCACAUCCAUUGCUCUCCGGUGGCCGAGCUUCCAGUGUAGACCCUGAUGAUGAUUCUCCGGAUCUGGAGCCAGCCCAGACAAGCCCUCUCAAUGUCACUGACACUUUCGGAAUGCUCUCGAUAUCAAAUUCUGGUGUUUCCACCUUUUUUGGCCCCACAGGAGGCGUAGAGAACGACAGUAACAUGUCCCCAGGCGGGGAAAGCGAUCCCGUUGAUAGACAUGACUCCCUCAGCCCUGCCCCAGAAGGGUUGAUACGAUUCUCAGAUGCGUUCCCGUUCACGCCUUUAGACCCUCCACAUGCAAUCAUGGAGCUCAUUCGGAGCUACCUGCCAUCGUAUGAACGAGCCUGCUACCUCGGCGAUAUUUUCCUCGAGCAUGCAGGCUGGAUGUUCAGCAGCCUUCCCCGGGAUCAACUCGUAGAUGAGAUGAUACCAUUCUACUACAGGGAGGCCAACAAACCCCUUCCGUCUAUCGACUACAGCGGCGCUCACAGUUUAGCACUCUUGCUUUUCACUUUCGCAGCAGGCGCACUCUGCGAUCCCGAACAAGAGACAUAUAAUGCGGAAGCGGCACACUUCUAUCAGCUAGCGCGAGCGGCCCUUUGCCUGGAGUCCGUCUGGGUGAAACCAUCCUUGAUGACAAUCCAAGUGCUCCAUAUGCACAGCGUCUACACUGCGAUGGUCGAAAACCCACACGAGUCGGGAGACACUGACAUGGCAGUGUCCUGGGGCAUGGUUACGCUGGCCUGUACAGUUGCAAUGAGCGUACAUCGGGAUAGUGCUAGAUGGGACUUGCCUAAGUUCAUGGUCGAAAGACGCCGCCUUGUGUUUUGGAAUAUCUUCCAGGCAGAUUCGUGGCAGAGCCUUACGACUGGCAGACCUCCGUCAUUCGUACGGACCUACAUUGACUGCAAAUAUCCUCGAGGUGAUUAUAAUCUAGGGAAAGAUUUUGAUCUAUCAGACUUCGAGAUCUGGUUCACCCACUUUGCAUUCCAAUGUGUCGCGGACGUCGCCAUGAAAACCCUCGCGGCGGAGCCUCCCUCCUACGAGACUAUCAUGGAGUUGGACAAGCAAGUACGUGAGUUCCAGAUCUCACCUGGGGCAAUUGCACUUGUCGAGGGCUUGGAACCAGCAUCUGCACCCGACAUUGAACCUACCAACAUCGCUACAUCGAUGCAAAACUUUGUAGCAGCGCACUCGCGCGAAGUCCUAUUGCUUUAUAUACACCGCGCCUUCUUCGCGCAAGCUCUCAUCGAUCACCCUAAGAAUCCUGUCAGAAGUGAAUAUGCGCAUUCUUACCUCACAGCGUAUCGCUGCGCUCGCACUAUCGUAAAGAUGAUCCGUGGGCAGUAUGCACAAUAUCCUGGCGUCUGUUCGCGUAUCUGGCCCAUCUGGACAUAUGGAUUCUCGGCAACUGUGGUUCUUGGGAUGGUCGUCACACGAAGUCCACAAUCGCCGUUAGCUACAGAGGCAAUGAUAGAGCUGAGUUCAGCGUGUGAGUUGUUCACGCAGGCGGGGCGGCACAAUCGCCGCGCUGCUAAGGCUUUGGGGAUCCUGUUGAGGCUGCAAGACAAAGCGCGGAAUGCGUUGGCUACCGCUCAGCCCACUCUGCCGGUUGCUCUGGAUCCCAAAAGCGAACAAGAGCGUGUCAAGACUGAGAUGGAUCAAGAUCAGCUAGAAAUAUUCGCUGGUCGGAAGGCGUCUACUGCCAAGCAGUCAUCACAAUGGUCUAUGCAGUCGCGACAUUCCCAGAACGCGUCUUCAUCCUCUCACCUGUCAUAUACCCCUCCGCGUCCACAAGAACAGCUAUACCCAUCGCCCGGUCAAAACAAUUGGCUGCCGCAGCAACUUGAUGUCCCUCAGUAUAGUGUCCCUGCCGGAACAUCGUGGUAUCGAGCCGGUAGUUAUACCCAGACGGCGCCUGACUAUGGGUGGACGAAUCAAGGUCACGCUUACCCUACCAUGCUCCCUCAUGCCGGAAACAUGGUUCCUUCCGGAUCACCUCUGCCUGUAGGCGGCGCUCAGCAAUAUCGUCAUGCGAGUCAGGUGUACCCCGGUCCGUCUGGACUCCACAUGCCUCAACCGGCACAGCAGUAUCCUCACACCCAACUUGUCGACCCCGCAUCCCGAGGAAACGCGAGCCUCGAUGCGAGAUGGACCUCAUUCAUACACGAAGAGGGAUGUCUUGAUGACGGGAAUUUCAGGCCAUGAGAACGCAUAGGGACAAUUGUUAUCGCUUUGAUUGCUUUCGCUGUACGUACGUUGUGAGCUGCCUUCGGCUAUGUAAUUGUGCUGGACAUUCUACGAUCUCUGGGUCCACGUAGUGUACCGUGGGCUUGGCUUUAUAUGCUAUCACAUAUGUCUUCCACUGCUUUGAAAUGUGUAAUCUGAUUUUCGUCUAUGU